AUGGUAUAUGUUCACAGCGGCGAUCGUAAUCCCGUCAAAUGUCGCGCUUUAUUAGACACAGGCUCCACUGCAAAUUUUAUUUCUGAGUCGGUCAUAACACGUUUAGGCAUACAAGCAGACGCACAUUCAUUGCCAAUUAGUGGAAUCAAUGCAACGAGCUCCGAAUCUAAGGGUAUUGUACACAUUACGAUAAGAUCAAUACGCGGAGACUUUGCGAGAAACCUGACAUGUCUAACAAUAACAACCAUAACAGAUUUUAUUCCAUUUGAUGUUUUUCCGCGAGAGUUAAUCCAAAUACCUUCAAACAUCAAAUUAGCGGAUCCAGACUUUCAUAUUCCCCGUCCGGUCAACCUAUUGAUAGGUUCCGGAUCAACGCUAUCACUAUUGUCUGUCGGUCAAAUUAAUUUAUCUAAAGAAAACCAAGAUUUGUUCCUGCAAAAAACGCGAUUAGGUUGGGUGCUCGCUGGUAGUACGACGUUGAACGACUCACCAAAAUCUUUCUUGUGCGGCCUAACGAGCCUCGAAAGCCAAAUAGCUAAAUUUUGGACGAUCGAAGAGAUAACAACUAUAAAACCAAAAUCUGAAGAAGAAAUUAAAUGCGAAGCACAUUUCGUGAAAAAUACUAUUAGAGAUAAAACCGGACGCUACGGUUCGUUUACCAUUCCGUGA